AGUGUCCUGACGAAAUAACCCUCGGCCAGCAGACGACAGCAGCAGCAGCACCCGCCUCCCUCACCUGUCUCGUGCACCUGCCUCACCUGCCGCCCUGCCAGCAUGUACCCCGGUGUGUGAGGCCGAGCUCAAGCACCACCUCCAGCCAGCGCCCCGGAGACAAGGUGGAGAGAAAAAAUUGAGCAUCACCCAUCACUAGUAGGAAAUGUGGGUGAACAUAAUGGAGCAACAGUUUGUCCUCUGAGGAUCCCAGUGUUGUGCAGAGUUUGGUGCAGGCGUCCAAAUAUUCCCAGGCAGAAGAUUCUUUACGUGACUUUGCCUUGUUUGGUUAAGUUAGAAAAGUUUGCUUCUCUGCUGAAAGAGUGCGACUGCCAUUAUGAAUGAUUAUGGCAGUGCUGAAAGCAACACUGCCAGUGACACAUCCCCUUCAAAUGGAGACCUUAAGCUGGAAGGAGCAAAUUCCCUCCAGGAGAAUGAAAUAAAUGGUGAGAGAAACAACACAAAGGUGGAACAUGAAGAAGUGGAGAAAAAAGGUGGUCCAGAUGUCUAUCCGCUCCACUACCUGGUGUGGCACAACAAUUACCGCAAGUUGGAAAAGGAGCUUACGGAAAACAAGCACAACAAGGAGCUGCGCGACCCUCGAGGCCGCACACCCCUCAUGCUGGCUGUCACCCUUGGCCACCUGGAGUCCUCAAGGGUGCUGCUGCGGCACCACUGUAAUGUCAACGUAGAAAGUUCAGAUGGUUGGACAGUGCUGCAGGAGGCAACAGCCACAGGGGACCCGGAGCUCCUGGGGGUGGUACUGGAGGGGCGGGACAUGCAGCGCUACUCCUCUAGGAUCGCCGGCAUCCCCACACUGCUCUCCAAGCUUAAGGAGGCUCCAGACUUCUAUGUGGAGAUGAAGUGGGAAUUCACAAGUUGGGUGCCACUUGUGUCCCGGAUGUGCCCAAGUGACACCUACAGAGUAUACAAGAGUGGCUCCAAUGUGCGCAUUGACACAACACUAAUUGGGUUUGAUCAGACCAGCUGGCAGCGAGGAAACAGGAGCUACAUCUUCAAGGGGCAGGCUGAUGGUGCCACAAUGAUGGAAGUGGAUCAUGAGACUGGGCAGGUCUACAUGGAGAACAUGCGGACACUCCCACCAGAGCAGGCACAGGCCUACAUGCGUCCACAUCCUGGCAUGUUGUCCCAGAGGCUCACCACACCUAUUGCCAUCACCUACAUUGACACUGAAAAGAUCAGCUUUGAGAGGGAUAAAGCUGGCAUCUGGGGCUGGCGAAGUGACAGAAGUGAAAAUGUUAAUGGGCAUGAUUGUAAGGUUUUUUCUGCAACCAAUGUAGAGCUUGUGACAAAGACUCGAACCGAGCAUCUCACUGAUGCUGACAAGGAGAAGUCAUCUCCUAGGAGUCCUAUUCAGUCUUUCCUAAACAUUGCUGAAGUGGAGGAGAAGCAAAACUCUCCCUCUUCAUCUGAAGAGAGUGAGUCCUGCAGCCUCAACAAUCCAACCAAUAUUACGGCAGAGGAAUACUUCAACCCUGAGGUGGACCUGCAAGGACGAGACAUUGGCCGACCUAAAGAAGUUGCCAAGAAAGUACAAAGCUUUAAGGCACACCUAUGGCUGGCAGAGGAGUACCCUCUUAAACUGCAGGACCAAGUGAUGCCUAUUGUGGACCUCAUGGCCAUCAGCUCCUCACAUUUUGCCAAAUUGAAACACUUCAUCCAGAUGCAGCUGCCCAAUGGAUUCCCAGUGAAAAUUGAAAUCCCACUCUUCCAUGUCCUAACAGCAAGAAUAACAUUUGGUAACAUAUUUGGUGUUGAUGCUCCCAUCAACAAAGUGUCCACAGUCACUGAAGAAGACAGAUUAUCUUGUGUAAUAGAGGAAGAUGCAUUUGAUCCUCCAUCAAGUUACACUGUCAUUGGUCAUUCGGACCAGCAGCACCUACAGAUGAGCCUGGAUGAGGAUGAUGCACUGCUGCAAUAUGCCAUUCAACAGUCACUGGUUGAGGCUGGCACUGAGCAGGAUCAAGUGGACAUUUGGGAAGCACUGCAGGCUGACCACCGCCCCCCACCAGGAAGGCAAGGGCCCAACUCGAAGCCCGGCUCACGCCCCAACACUCCGGCCCACCUAGGACUGCAGACAGUGGAGGACACACAGCUGCAGAGAGCCAUUGAGGAGUCUUUGGCGUUGAACACGAGGGGAGGUGUUCUGCAGCUCUCUUCUCAGCCUACUACCUUUGGUCAACUACACAGGGAGCCUGAGGGAGACAUAGAAGUGCCUGGCGGACUGGCAGUAACCCCAGGAGGAAGUAUAUUAGACUCUGAGAUGGCCAUGGCUCUGUCCCUCUCACAACAACAACAGGAAGAAGAAGAAGCAAGGCAGAAACAGGAAGAGGAAACUCUAAAGCGUAUCCUGGAAUUGUCCCUCACUGAGAAAUAAUGUAUAUUUUAGCCUAGAUUGAAGUAGCUAAGAAUACUGCCAUUGUAUACAUUGUACUUAUGAGUCGUACUAAUUUGGUACUGAUGGGAAAUAAGAAUGCUGGGAUUCCUGGGCAAGCUAUCAGAGUUGGGAUAUGAAAGUAUAAUUUGCUACUAUUAUGUAAAAAAACAGUACUCAUCGUUAUGAAUGAUACCGUUUGUUGCAAAGCUAUUUUGUGGAAAUUUAUAAUUAGGUUUCAAAUUUGUCAAAGUGUAAUGUAUUGUUUGGUGGGAAAUAUAGUCUGCAGUAACUUGUUGAUAGGUUUUGUUGACACAUAGUGCCUCUUCUUAGCCAUUUUGUACAGUUUCCUGAAGUAAAAAUGUUUUGUCGUGACAUAUGCACACUAUAACCUUAUUUGUCUGGCACUGAUAGUUCAGUGGCGACUAUGUAGUGUGAAAAAAAUGGGAGUGCUUUAAAAAUGGAACAAAUUUCUAUAACAUACCAAGAUGUCAUGUAUAAUACUAUUAUUUUUAAUUAACUUUUACUUUAAUGAUUUUUAUAUAUGCCAUUGUUUUGCUGGUGAAUGUGAGGUGUGACUGCUAGUGUAUAUUCUAUUAUCAGUAAAACUGAGCUUUACUUUCCAAGUCUUUCAUGGUACUUUAUAUUGUUGUCAAAAUAAUACUAGUACUGUAAAGUUAAGUCUUGUAAAAUAUCAUUAGUUAAUUAUAGUCUAAUGACAAUUUGUUUAUGAGAAUCUAAUUAUUACAAUAACAUUACUUUCUUACUGAAAACAAGAAAACGAAGGUUUAAAUUAGAUUUCAAGUUAAAUCAUAAAUAAUUUUAUCGACUGUGACUGUGGCUUCAUUGUGGCAGGUUAAUCUGUUGAUCAACCUCACUCAACAGAAGCCUCUACCAGUCACCUAACUUUAACGAUAAGCUGUGAGUAGGGGCACUGAAGUACUUUCCUUUCAUGAUUUAUCAUGCUGAAACAAAAACUGAUGCAUAGUUUCUUAAUUUAAAGUCAAUACAAUAAUAUAAGUCGACACAAGAUCGAUUUCCGAUUCGGCUGUCUGACAAUAAGGAGAAUGUUGCUUCGCUUCUUAACAAAGGAAUAAAUCUGUAUUUACUACCAGUAUUAUCACUAUCAAGAGUAACAUUCUCAAGUAGCUUUGUAACCUCCAAGUCAUUCUGUGCAUGAUGGUUGUGAGGCUACUGAAGGAUGCGGUUACAUUCACUGAAAAUUACAGACUAAAAUAUGUGGGCAACAUCACACUGAAUUGCCUAAUUUUUAAGAUAUGGUUAAAUGUCAUGAUUUCCUCUUAGUUUCUAAGGCAAACAAACAAACCAAAAAAUGAGUACUGAGUAUGUCUACCAGCAACAAUGUUAUUGAAAAAUCUGAAAACCUAAAACUGUACAGUCUUAACCUCUGAGGAGUUCUUGUGUUGUAAAGUACAGGAAAAUUACAUACUGAUCCCAAGCUAGGUCUAUUCUGAAGGUGUCACACAUCUAAGUAAUGCCUUUAUAUAUAUUUUUUAAUAUUAUUUUGUAUUUAAUUCCCAUCAAUAUGAAAAAAGAAACUGCUUUGUUAAAUGUGCUCACUCAUGUCUUAUUUUUCUGCUCAGCAGCCAGAACAAGUGUAUCACUUUUUUGAGCUUGUAAGUUAUAUAUUUUUAUAUUAGUGCAGGUGUGCUUCAUGGUAGACACUUUCUAUAAUACUACGAGACUUACAUCAGGAUACUUUAAGCACAAUAAUAUUCAUGACUUCAAAUAUAUUCACUCAUAAUUUUUUUUUGUGUAGGAAGAAUGCAGCUUAUAACAUUUAAUUUAGAGAAAAAAUGACAACCAACAUCACUACUUGCCAUACUAAAAUGUAGUUCACUUUGUAAAGGUAUAUUUUUUUAUAGUGAUGUGCUAAUUGUAUAUACAAACAUUUACUUAAUUAAGACCUUAGACAACAAUUAGUAAACAGCAGUGACUAUAAAAGUUUAAAAUGUCAGGAUGGACACUUGUGGAUUUAUUUAUACUUGCAGAAACCUAUUUUUGCUAUAUCCAUCUAUGUAUAUGUCAAGAAACCUUAUUCCUUGAAAAGCCUUCAUGUUUCAUGUGUCCGACAUUACAAUCCUGUGUUUGGAAUGCAGCUAUGUAUAUGUAUAGCACACUUUAUAUGCUUCAUACUGUAAAAGCUGAUUAGUUAAAGCAAUGUGUACUUCACAAAAUAUCUGAGGAGUUUGAUGUGAAAGAAAUACAAGUGGAGGUUGUGAUUCGUGUGAUAUGAUACUCAGCUGUAACGAGAAAACUGGUCCAUGUUAUGCCACUAGAGGAAGUGAUAUGUGACCAAGUAUAGGCUUUAUGGACUUAAUCAGGAGCAAAGCCCCAUUCCCACCUUCCUGACCUUUAAGGAGAUUUGUACUGAUUUCGUCAAUCUGGAGGCAUCAGGAGGAACCAGUAUGAUAUCUGUGGAAUCAUCUCAGUAAACUGUAGUAAACCAAAGACUAAGGUCUGCUGUGGUUUGGUACAGAGCCGCAAUUGGCCACAGAAUUACCCUGAUGCAGGUUCAUGCCGGUUGGCCGUGGCACUAUGGUCUGCAGCGGUCAGAUUCUACUGCAAGGAUGCAAACAGAACACACUAUAUUAUCCUGUACUAUCAGGACAUAUAUGCCACUCUGGAAGAGGAGAGUCUGACCCGAGGGCCAGUCAGGCCUAGAAGUCUGUGACAAAAUAGUCACUUUGGGGUCAGUCAUCGAUGAUGAGAACACCAUUUCAGAAACCCAGCAUGAGGGUCAGCCCUCAGACACUGAAUGAGAUUACAUGGAUACUCAGGGAAGGAAAAGAAGACAAAAGUCUCUGCUGUUUUGGAUCCUACAGUGGAGAUGGAAAUGGCUGUCUUAUUUCAGGAAACAAGUUUCUCUAUAAGGAGGGACGCAAAAACAUGCCUUGGUUUAAACAUUUCCCUUUCUUGGAGUAUUUGUUAUUUUUGCCUGAUCAGUAAUUUUGCCAAUGCUAAAUCAUUUCUGCAAUCCCUUUCUAGCUCUACAUGUUGUGGUAGAACCAGCAUCUUCUAGUAAGGUGUCAGCCACAAUUUUAUACAGUGAUGUGACCUGCAGGUGAACCAUUAGCUAUAACGUUGUCGAUGGUUCUCAUAAGUCUGCAUGAAUUGUAACCAAACCUUUGCAAACCCUAGUGAACCACAGUGAAAAGUGAACAGCUGUAACCUAUCGUGGCCUAACCAUGGCUUCAUCAUAGUGUAAUCGUAGACAACUGUGCAGCUGACCAUCAUGGUAAUACCAUAACUAGGUCAUGGCAGGUAGAAGCUAAAUCACUGGAAAUUUUACAGGCGUCAUAGCUGACAUCAAAAGAUCUUAUGGCCCGAGUCAUCCUGACUGUUGGGUCCAGAACGAAUCUGUAUAAAUCAGUGUCCUAAUUGUGAAGGUGGGAACUUGGCUUUACUCAAGAGUAAUGGAUUGCAGUGACAGCAAAUUACUAUUUUGCUGUUGCUAAUUUAUGGUAAUUUCAAUAUGAAAGUAUUGUAAGUCAGUAAAAGACUAUUUAUAUAUCUAGCAAUUAUCUUAGAUUUACAUAGGCUGUUAAUGCCACCUCUAGUUAAAUGAACCCAUCUUUUCAGAGGAACUAACACCUUGCAUUACUUUUAUGAGCCUUCCAGUGCUAAACUUUUCAUGUACUGUGAUAUGUGAAGAGUCAAGGUAUCAGUACUUCCAAGAGCCAUAUCUUACAGUUAGAAAUGUGUAUGAAAGGUGUGAGAAAAGAAAGAAUGUAUGGGAUUUAGAGAUUACUGCAGCUGCCUUGAAUUAAAACAACUACUGCCAAAUAUAAUCCAUCUUCAUUA